AUGAGGAGUAAGCUCAAGAUGGCUGAGAGGAAGAUUUAUUUCAUCAUGUGUUCGGUCUACGAGCAGCAACCCGGGGAAGCUUGGUCUUCCUUAGUGGCCAUGGUAAGGGCAGAGAAGAGUUCAGCUUUGAAUUAUGAAGCUGCUUCAAGGCCUGGGAAAGUAGACAACAAAGCAGAAAUGAGGGGCAAGGCCACCGUUAAUGUAAUGGGGAAAGUGAAGCACUCCUCUCAACUUGGGUUUUGA